UGUCAUUUCUGACUAUUUUGAAAACUCUUUGCAAACUCAAACACUAUCUGUUUAAUUCCUUAUAGCUGUACCUCAGAAUACAGAUUUUCCAGGCAUACCCUGUACUAACCCAGUUAACAUCCCAGGAAUCUGUUUCUAACAAAGUUCUCACAUAAUGAUUAGACAAUGAGCCCAGCUCCGAACUCUGACUUUCUUGGAAACCACCACCAUACAACUUCUAGCCCAGUGCUUUGCUUGUGUUAAGAUUCUAAAAGUACAUGUCAGUGCAACAGUCAGUAGUCAACUUGGUGAAACGUUUAAUAGAAGGACCAGAAAGAUUGAUAUUUGCAUUUUGCUGUUGUACUCUAGAGCUUCAGCUCUAAAUUCCUUUUAUUCAGUUUUUCAGUUCAGAAACCAGACUGACCAUUCUCAUGUGCUGAUAACACUUGAGGAACUGAUAUUCAGUAACAAGACUCACAGAAGGCUGACAAGCAAGUCAUAGUGCUGGUUUAUUAUAUUUUAUUUUAUUGGUGAGAUGACAGGCCUCAAUAUCCAAACCAUGGACUGAGCCAUGAAACUAGGAAGGCGGAGAAGCAAAUGUUGGGACAAAAGGAAACCUAUCUAGGGACUUUUGGGGAAGGAGCUAGUCAUACUGACUGAAAUUAUUAACCUCUGGCUCUCAAGAAUUGUUGUCCUAUUUUAUUAUUUAAGAGAUUUAUAAGUAAUCCUAGUUCCAAAUUCUGAAUAGAUAAUUAUAAGAUUCUAAACUUGUGUUUUCCUCACACUGCUAUGAGUACAGUGGCCUCUUUAUGUUUCUGUCUUUUCAUAUUGCAGUCCAUCCUAGAAAUGAACAAUGUAUUAAUCUCCACGAACAGUACUUUUCAGAUCAUUUUGCUCAAAAACUUGCAUUGGCUCCCCAGUGCCUAAAAGAUAAACUCUGAAUUCAUGAACUUGACAUUUGAGGCUUUCUACAGAGAGUUCUUGAAACUAAAUAAGACCCUUCACAAACCAGAAGUGAGUUUUCUGAUAAUACGUUCUAUUCCAAGAUGACGACAGAAUCAAAGAAAGCUUCAGCUCAGAACCUUCAGGAGGAUGAAGGACUUCUGAUAGUGAAGAUAGAAGAGGAAGAUUUUGUCUGGCAGCAGGAUUCUUGCUUGCAGAGGAGUGAUCUCCUCAGACAAGAGCUCUGCCGGCAGCUUUUCAGGCAGUUCUGCUACCAGGAUUCCCCUGGACCCCGCGAGGCACUGAGCCGGCUCCGGGAACUCUGCCAUCAGUGGCUCAGGCCAGAAACCCACACCAAGGAGCAGAUCCUGGAGCUGCUGGUGCUGGAGCAGUUCCUGACCAUCCUGCCUGAGGAGCUCCAGGCCUGGGUGCGUGAACAUUACCCAGAGAGUGGAGAGGAGGCAGUGACCAUACUGGAGGAUUUGGAGAGAGGCUCUGAUGAAGCAGUACUCCAGGUUCCAGUCCAUGGACAUGGACAAGAAAUAUUAAGGAGAAAGGUGGCACCUCCUGGACCAGCACUUAAUGUCCAGUUCCAGCCAGUGGACACCAAGGCCCUUCCUGAUUCUUCAGAACCCCAGCUCCUAAUGGACUGUGAUAAUGAGAGUGAAAACAGUGGAUCCAUGCCGAAGUUGGACAUUUAUGAAACAAUGGAAUCGCAGAGAAUUAUAUCAGGAAGAAUUUCAGGAUUCGUAUCAGAAAGAUCUGCUGAGUCUCAAGACAUCUGUAAGUCUGCAGGCAGGAUGAAAAGGCAGUGGGAAAAAGAACCAGGGGAGUCUCGGAGACCAUCAUCUGCUCAGGAUGGAGGUUUUAGUAAAAUCCUCACCCACAAAAAUACACUUAGAGGUGAAAUAAUAAGCCAUGAUGGAUGUUCUGAGAGAAGCUUAAAUCUGAACUCAAAUGAAUUUACACACCAGAAAUCUUGUAAACACAAUAUCUAUGACCAAAGUUUCAAAUGGAAUUCAGAUUUUAUUAAGCAUCAAAGAAUUUAUGCUGGAGAAAAAGUCCACCAAUAUGGAAAAUCUCUGAAGAGCCCAAACCUUAUUAAACAUGCAGCAAUUUUCAGUGGAGAGAAAACCCAUCAGUGUAAUGAAUGUGGGAAAGCUUUCAGACACAGCUCAAAACUUAUUAGACAUCAGAGAAUCCACACUGGAGAGAGACCCUAUGAAUGUAAUGAGUGUGGGAAAGGCUUUGGGGGGAGCUCAGAUCUUAUUAGACACCAGAGAAUUCACACUGGGGAAAGACCUUUUGAAUGCAAAGAAUGUGGGAGAGCAUUCAGCCUGAACUCACAUCUUAUCCUGCAUCAGAGAAUUCACACUAGAGAGAAACCCUAUGAAUGUAGUGAAUGUGGGAAAACCUUCAGAGUGAGCUCACACCUUAUUCGACACCUGAGAAUUCACACUGGAGAGAAACCCUAUGAAUGCAGUGAGUGUGGAAGAGCCUUCAGUCAGAGCUCACACCUUAGUCAACAUCAGAGAAUUCACAAGAGAGAAAACCUGUUAAUGUAAAGAACUUAAAUUCAUAUGGAAAUGCUAAAGAAAUAGCAAAACGUGAAAAACAUUGAAUAAAAAAUAAAUACUGGGCGAGAUGAAUGACUAAAAGA